CAGACCCAUUUAGGUUGUCGUAACAGGCCAACUCAGAACGCAAUAGGGAAAAUCAAUUAGGAUCUGCAGAGGGUUCCCGGAUACACCUUGCGAAGAAUGCCGCACUCUCCGCCACUCAUUCCCCACUCACCAGCACCCGCUAAACCUUCAGCCUGAACUUUUCCUCCGAAGGGAAGCAGAGCAGAGGAAGAACUACCAAGUGCUACAUUCAAAGCCUGCCGUCGCAGUGAGCGCGACCUGCAAAUUGAGGCAUUUUUGUUCCGGCGAAAUCCCUCCCACUCAGGAAAGUCCCUAGAAAGAGAGCGCAGGCGCCUGGGUAUCACAUGGCCACUUCCCGGAAGCGCAGCAGACCCGCUCAACUUCAUCCUGGGUUGAGGCGGAGGACAACUCCCGAUUAUGGCGAAGUUCGGGCUGGGGCAGGAUCCGCAGAGCACAGCUGCAGCCACUGUGCUAAAGCGGGCGGUACAACUAGAUUCGGAGUCGCGGUAUCCGCAGGCUCUGGUGUGUUACCAAGAGGGGAUUGAUCUGCUUCUGCAGGUUCUGAAAGGUACCAAAGAUAAUACUAAGAGAUGUAAUCUCAGAGAAAAAAUUUCCAAAUACAUGGACAGAGCGGAAAACAUAAAGAAGUACUUGGACCAAGAAAAAGAAGAUGGAAAAUAUCACAAGCAAAUUAAAAUAGAAGAGAAUGCAACAGGUUUCAGUUAUGAGUCACUUUUUCGCGAAUACCUUCAUGAGACAGUUACAGAAGUUUGGAUAGAAGAUCCUUAUAUUAGACAUACUCAUCAGCUGUAUAACUUUCUUCGAUUUUGUGAGAUGCUUAUUAAGAGACCGUGUAAAGUAAAAACUAUUCACCUUCUCACCUCUCUGGAUGAAGGCAUUGAGCAAGCGCAGCAAAGUAGAGGCCUGCAAGAAAUAGAAGAGUCACUCAGGAGUCACGGAGUGCUGUUGGAAGUUCAAUACUCUUCUUCAAUACAUGACCGAGAAAUUAGGUUCAACAAUGGAUGGAUGAUUAAGAUUGGAAGGGGACUUGAUUAUUUUAAGAAACCACAGAGUCGUUUUUCCCUUGGAUAUUGUGAUUUUGAUUUAAGACCAUGUCAUGAAACAACAGUGGACAUUUUUCAUAAGAAGCAUACAAAAAAUAUAUGAUGGGCAGUAGCCUAAUUUGUAUUAUGUCUACUUUAACUGAAUAUUGGAUUUUUUUAAAAGAUCACUUUUAUAAUGUAUGAAUUUAACAAUAAACUUUUAUAUUUCUACUAA